AUGGUACCCCUUGUUCGGCUCACAGUGCUGCUGCUCGGCAUUGUGCCGUGGCUCGCACUUGGAUAUGAGAACAACUACGACCAGCCGCUGGACUACCAGUGCCCCCUCGGUAGUGGCCUCAUCAAAGUGCAGAGCGUGCACAGCAAUCAUUAUGAAGACCGCGUGUGGAGCUUCUCGUGUGCGGAAGUCGGAGAUGGAAGCUGGUACUACACUGGCUCGGGCAAGAGCAACCUCGACUCCAACCUGUAUGACCAGCCCAUCUCAUUGCUGUGCCCAGCGGACCAGUACCUCGAUAGCGUGAAGAGCGAGCACAACAACGACAAAGAAGAUCGCAUCUGGGGCUUUGGGUGUGGGCCAGCAGGCGUCGCCAAGCUUACAAACUGCCAGACAACAGCGUAUCUCAACAACUUUGACGAUGAGCUGAACUACUCUGUCAACGACGCUCAGAUCAUCACCGGCCUUGAAAGCUAUCACAGCAACACCAACGAGGAUCGAGUGUGGCGUGUGCGCUACUGCGACGUCCACUGCGAUCUCCAGAAUGGCUGGGCAAGAAAGGGCCCGAUCGACCGCCGAUGCAACCGAUUCAGUGACGCUGAUAUUACAUACUAUCCAUCCACGUCUGUGGGGGCGCUCAUCGCAAAAACCUGUCCCGAUGGGAAGUUUCUGACUGGCCUUACCUCCACCUACGACAACUCCGCCCGUGACCGCACCUACACGUUCAAGUGUGGCGCACAGAACUCGGGGGGAAUCUUCUCGCGCCAGAGAUGGAGCACCGUGUCAUACGUCUUCAACGCUUAUCGGACUCUGCACUACUGCCCGUCAGGCACUUAUUUGAGCGGUAUGCGUUCGUCGUAUGCGCCGGAGAAGAGCGGUCGGGUGUGGUCCUUCCAAUGCGCCUCCAUGUCCAACCUCCCCACUCCGACUGACUGCUAUUGGACAAGCUUUGGCACCAAUGACAACAUCUCUUUGGACGGCGACGCUGUUGUGGGCGGCGUUGACAUUCAGGAUGUGAGCAGCGGAAAGGUGUUUUCGUUUUACGCGUGCCGCAUGGGGUGUCCUGCAGGCGAAGAGCGCGGGGCCGACGACGACAUUGCCAACUACUCGUCUGCGCGCAUGAGCAAGUUUGCCAGCAAGAUGGACCAAAAGCUCACGACCGCCUGCGGUCUGACGUCGUGCGACGUGCGUUCGGCCGUGGCGAGCGAUAUCAUGCCCGUUUCUGCCCUGACGAACACCAUCCGUGUUGCCGUCCACAAUUCAUCUACGGUGGACCAGAUUGAGCAGUGCAUGAACAACGGUGGCGUGCGCUUCAUGCAGUGCCGUCUGCAACACGCCAGCUACACACCCUCGGUCGCCGCGGGUGUGUGCGACGGUGCGCAGUUUACGGCCGGCGCCGUGCUGACCACCCGCUGCCGCCGCUCCCAGCGGAUCGACCAGUUUACCGCUGCCGAGCUCGAUGUGUUCUCCCAGCAGAUGCGCGACGCCAUCCAGGAGGACUGCGGCCUCGACGUGUGCGCCGUGGCACUGAAAGACGGGUCUGCAAUCACGCCCCUCGCCAGCAACCGCUUCAGCGUCGCCGUCAAGGACGCCUCUGUGGUGGCUGCUCUGCAGUCGUGCCGACUGCGCUUCAGCCGUUGCGCCGUCACGGAUGUGCAGGCGCCGUGA